GCACGACUUCUAGAACUUCUGCAGCUGCAUCUCUCGGUACGCAAAGCUCAGCCUCGACACACGUCACAGUGCAGGAUCCAAAUACUGGUAGGGAAAUACCUGUAGAGGUGUCUGUGCAUCCUAGCAUCAUGGCUAGGGCUCGAGAGGAGGAUGCAGCCCAUAGGAAUACGCUCGAUGAAGCUCGUGAUGAUCGUAGGAGCAGCGACGCUAGCUCAUCACGUCAGCCUGGUGCUUUGCUCAAAACUAUCGCUAAUCCGUUCAGACUGCGGAUUGGAGAGUCAAGGAAGAGCAUGACGAGCGAGGUCGAGGAGAAUGGCGAGCAUACAGCUGCGUCAUCCACGGGAUCCUCGUCAGCGGGCGCCAAGGCAGUCGCGCCUGAUGCUGGCGAUGCUGAUGGGACUCAGAGCAUACAUGUCAAGCUCGACUCCGAGCAGCAAAGAGGCCCUGGGGCAAAGACGAGAAGUGGACUUCCUUCGAUAGGUGCAUCACGUGCGCGGAGCAAGUUGGAGGAGACAGCGCGCCGAUCGCGGAACCAGACGAUUGAAGCCGAAGCGGCCGCUUGGAAUGCUCCAGACGAGGCGACACGAGCUGCGACUGGUGUGGAGGUGCCGGGCACGGUCUCGCCUCGAAGCGAUGCGGAGGCGUCGUCUGCUAAUGCAGAAACGCGGAACGAAGGGGCGAUGUCCCCUCGCAGAUCGGAUGCCAGUGAAGAGGAUCAAGGACAUAGCCGGUUUCCUUUCAUCCCCUUCGUGACGGACGGCAAGAGACCCUCUUUACCCUUUGCGCACCUCCCCAGACCCCUCAUACCCACCAUCCCAUUCCCACUGCAAGGCACUGGCAAGGGCAGCGAGUAUUUUCAGAGCGAUCCCAUCUGGGCAAAGUAUCCUUGGAAGGCGCUCUACUAUACUUAUUUUGGUCUUUCGGUAGGCUUCGUCUAUUUGCCGUACUUUGCCCUCAAGUCCAUCCCUCGAUCCAAGCGCGAAAGACCGGGAUGGUCUUGGAAGCAGAGCACAAUGGUGGAGCUCUUUGGACACUCUACCAGGCUGACCUUUCGCACGCAUACCAACUUCGCUCGAGAUCUUUCCAAGGAGGUACCGCACAAUCGGACCAUUCACUCGAAAUUCGUGUGGGUGGAUCCUCUGCCUGAUGAUCACAUCAAGGGGGAGAUCCGGAGAGCGAUGGAGAUCCAGAAAGUCGAAGCUGUCAGAACCUGCGGCUUCUGGUACGGCGAUGCGCCCGAUAUGCCGGACAGAAAGGUGGAGUACGCGACAGGAAGAAAAGCGAAGCCGGAUGAGCAGGUCGUCUAUCAUCUGCACGGAGGAGCUUAUUGGAUCGGCACUGCUCACGAAGACGAUGUGAGCGCAGCGGUCAACAAGAAGGUCUUGAGCAAGCUUUUCCAUCUGAGAGACUCGCGGGGCGUGCCUACAGAUACGCCAUGGACACCUGGCAAGCCACGAGACGCAAGCAAUCGCAAGCGAGCCAUGCGCAGCUUCAGAGCUGCUAAAUUUGGCAAUCCGUUUCAUGGAUCUGCGGCGGCGAAGCAGCGAGAUGGAGAGAGCCAGAGGCCUAGCGCUUCGAGGGCUACAUCCACAGCAUCCGAAGCAGCUCAAGCAAAGCUGACUAGGACCUUUUCGCUGGACUACAGAUUGGCUGUGCCUGGCCAACCGUCCAAGGGCUCGUAUCCUGCAGCUUUGCUAGAUGGCCUUGCUGGCUACCGAUACCUCGUCAGAGAGUGCGAAUUUAAGCCUGAAAACAUCAUCAUCGCGGGAGACUCUGCAGGUGGCAACCUGGCCCUAGCCAUUUGCCGGUAUUUGAGGGACGAGAAGAUCGACGAGAUGCCAGGGAGCUUGCUGCUUCUUUCACCAUGGGUCGACACUUCUAGAUCCCACGCAGGUCCGCUGACAGCACCCAACAAAAUGUCGUCCUCUUUCACAAACAAGAACAGCGACAUUAUACCCACGGCUGUCGGCUUUCGGAAUACGGCAGUGUCGGCCCUUUUGGGUGACUUGCCAGCAUCUGAAGCGUAUCGCAACGGCUACUUGUCAUCUUGCUCGCUACAGCUAGACGUGCACGGUCCGCAUUGGGGAUACGAAGGCUUUCCGAAGCGCAUCUAUAUAUGUUCUGGAGAUGCAGAAGUAUCUUAUGACCAACAUCAAACGCUGGCACACCGUCUAGCGAGCGGCACAAGGCGGGGCAUACCCAAAUACGUAGGACAUGCGUUGAGCAAGGACCAAGAUCCUUUUGAACUGGCUGCUAGAUUGAAAUACCCCAGACCUCAAGAGUCGGCACAGGCCGUCGCAAGGGGCACACCCCUUGUCAAUCUAGACGUGCAGUUCCCGGACAGGUUCACGCCCGCUUGGAGCUUGCACCAACAUCAAAAUCACUUUGAGCAGCAAUUUGAAGAACACACUGAUGUCACCGAGAAUUUUCAUACCACAAGCAACGGAAAACAUGUAGAACAGACGGAGAAGGACCAAGAGGCUCAAAAAUCUAGGGCAGGCAGACGUGAAAAACCCGGAGCGAUACAAUUGGGCGAGGAGAGGACUGUUUGGCUCGACGAAUGUCGAGAUGCGGUUCACGAUUAUCUUCUCUUUUCGUGGUGGGGAAAGGAUCGUGAAGAUACUUGGGAUCGAAUUGCGAGAUGGAUCGAGGAUGGCGACGUCUAGCUUCCAUUCCAUCUGUCGCACAGAUGCAGCACAACUGCAUAGCACCGACCCAGCCCGAUUGUUCACUACCCUUUUGCCUAUUGCGAUGUCUCUACAGGAUCCCAGUCACCUUUAUUUUUUUUGGAGCACAUCAAUGCUACAGUCAUCUUCUG